AUGCUCGACGCCAAUACUUACCCCCACAUCCUGAGGUCCAUCGUCACUGCCACUCCUCCAAACGGCCUCCUCUGUCUUCGAACCGCAUCCAAAUCCCUGCGCAACGCCGUCGAUGCCCGCCUCUCCUCCCACAUCCUGGUCUGGGAAAACGGGCGUAUCUCCUCUCGUCUCCUCCCAUUCCAGUGUCUUCCGAGGCCUCUUCCAGAACUAGCCGAACACGUAAAGAUUCUGGACAUCCAAGCUCCGCAUGUCGAAUGGGGGGACGAGGAGAACCGGAUGUGUGACCUCUCCAUCUCCAACUCUUCCCGCUCCAUCUCUCGCCCCAGCUCCACUCCGACAUGUCGGUGCGGCUGGAGCGCCUUACCCCACGCCCUCCCACCUCUCCCAAACCUGCAAACGGUGCGCCGCUGGGGUCCGCAUACUUGUUCUGCGCCCCCUUCGCCACAAACUGUGACGCACUACGGUCCGGCCAUCGAUGCCGAGGGCGGACCCGUACCGGACAAAUUGGUGUGGUAUCUUCUCUCGCCGGCCGCCGUGUCGCGGUUUAAUCGGAUCGAUGAUGGCGGUGUGCCGCGCUAUGUUGUGGCGGGGGCGCGGACGGGGGCUUUGUUCAACAUCAUCGACGAGUUGGGGUUUAAGAAGGAGGUGGAGGGUGUAGACGAGCUGGAGGCCGACAACGACUCCAAUGAAACGAACGAGGCGGUGUCACUCGCCUACCACUUUGCGGCCCUGCUCUCCAUGUUUUGGCUCGACGACGAAGACGAAGACGCGACGUGGGCGCUCGUCGACGUCGAGAGCUGGCCUCAAUUCGAAGGGGUGGAGGUUAAAGACGCGAUUCGGGCGCGUGUGGCCCGUUGCUGUGCUGCUGCGAAUUGGGAUGAGGGCCAGAUGGAGGGCAUUGACCAGAAGCUCAGGUUCCUUACCAUGUCCCAAUAUCAGCAGGAGAUCGGCGAGGUUGCGGCGCUCGAGCGGGAUGACCAUGGGUGGGCAUUUGAGUAG